AUGGCAUCAAAGCAAAAUGGCAACACCAUCCCUUCGCCGCGGCCACCUUUUCGUAGGCAAGGAUCAAGUGUCGGUGCUGGCGCCCACCCAAUGGCGGUCGCGUUAGCUCCUGUACCUAGGAUAGACUAUAGUGUCACAAAGGGAGGUGCGCGAACAUGGGCAGUUCUACUUGUCUUUCUAUUUUUAUGUUCUGGUCUAUAUACAAUAUUUUCUUCAAAAGAAUUAAAUGGAAAUGAUACUAGCAUUCAAAAUGAACAACAAGACGAAGUAGGAGAUGAAUCUGAAACCUACUCCGAUAUUUCUUCGAAGCAACGCAGAAGCAUAAAGGAAUCACAACACUCUGACAUUAGAGACGACUCUUCAGAGGUAGAAGAAGCGGACACAGAUGACGAAGAAAUUCCGAUUGAGACACCACUAGAAGACCAAUUAUUUGCUGGCUUGCGAAAGAAAAUAGAGCGCAACAUAAAGCGGGUAAAGGAAUUCGUAAAGGAGCAUGAAGAUGAUAAUGAAGAUGAUGAAGCAGAAGUGAAGGAAACUCAAACCUUCGUAAAGCGAGGUAAACGAAGAAAGAACAAGAUUGCUGAUACAGAUGACGAUGUGCAGGAACCAGCAAAGAGUUCGCAACCUCGUAGGAAAAAAGGAAAGGCGGAACGGGAAAAAGAGAUCGAUGCAGAGGAAGCAGACACAGAAGACGUGGACACAGAUGAUGUCGAACUCCACCAGAGAGAGCAAUCAGAACAACAUGAUGAGCCUACUCCGGAUGAAGAUCAUGGUGAUGUGGAUGAAAAAGAUGAUGAGCAUGAUGAAAAAGAGGAGUCAGAAAUCGAAGAGUCACAUGCUCGCAAGCAUCGAAGCCACGGUUUUAGACAUCUCUUAAUUGAUCCAGUACCCGAACGAGAAUGCAGAAGGAAGCACUGUCCGCCUGACUAUCACGCAGCUCCACGAAAAUCUCUUCUUAAGAAGAAAAACAAGGGCCUGAACAUUGUAUCCGCGUCAAAUCGUCAGGAACACGAAGGCCGAAGCUCUCUCGAAGAUGAUGAGGACGACGAAAACGAUGAUGAAGAUGAGAAAUUAGAUUCGCAUCCUCAGAUCAAGCAUAAUGAAGUUGUUGCGCUCAAUAAGCCGAGAGGAUCGGGACGAGAAGCGUACAAACGUCAAGCUAUAACGAAUCGAGAUGAUCACAAGAAUCGUGACUCGUUGGAUCGUGCGGAUAAUCUCGUCGAAAAGCACAACUACGAAGCCGCAUUCGCAAUUUUCGAUUCCAUUCUGCGUGCCCGUCCCGAUUCACCACGAGCACAUUUCGGGAAAGGACGAGGAUUUCAACUCAGAGGUGAAUUUACGUCCAACGACGUCGACUUUGCGCAUGCUAUACAUGAAUACGAAGAGGUCCUUGAUAAUGACGAGACUCCAAGUGCAUUAUUCCGGCAAGCCGCUUCUCGCCUCAUUGAGUUGGCAAGCUUUCGAGGCGAUUUCUAUAGAUGUCUUCUAACUCAUAGAAGUCUUGUUGACAGGUUUCCGGAAGAAAUCGAACAUCAAACGGAUGUCGCUCUAACUUUCAUUAAAAUGAAGAGAUUACAAGAUGCAAAGAAAGUUCUACAUGAUAUCCUCGAACAUGAUCCUAACAAUGCGAUUGCGUUGGCGUACUACGGUUAUAUUCUCAAGGUUGCUGAAGAUAACGUUGAACAGGGAGUGGCCUUUAUGAAAAAGGGAUUACGAAUGGGUGGCGACGAAAUCACUGAUGCAAAGUUCUAUUACCAUCUUGGACAAGGUCUCAUGAUCUUAGGAAGAUCAUCUGAGGCGUACUCUGUCUUCGAACAUGCUGCUACACUUGGAUUGUUCCUUUCUGCUCAGCAAAGAUCCAUGUAUAAUGUUGAAGGAUUAACUGGAAGAGCGUGGUGGAGUAGUGAACAAACUGGUUACGGAAAAUAUCUUAAGGCAGUGGAACGCCAGUGGGUAUCCAUACGAGCUGAAGCUGCACGAGUUUUCCAAUCUGCUCCAAAUUCAUGGAAAGAGGAGAACCCAACAAUUACCGUCGAUGGACGAUGGAUCGCGUUUCCGCUGCUUGAAAAUGGACAUUUCAACUCGGAAAACUGUAAAAUGGUUCCACAAACAUGCUCUAUUCUCAAGGAAUUUCGCGAAAGCAGUAAUGCAAGCAGAUCUGAGAUGCGCUUUUCGGCGUUGUCUUCGGGAGCACAGAUUUUGCCGCAUUGUGGACCGACAAACAGCCGUUUACAAGCCCAUCUCGGCUUAAUAGUGCCUUCAGAAGCAAGAAUAAGGGUAGGUAACGAGCAACGUGGAUGGAAAACUGGAAAAUUUAUUAUUUUUGACGACUCCUUCGAACAUGAACUACAGUUCGAUGGGGCCUCAUCAUCCUCUCUACGCCUAAUCCUCCUAAUUGAUCUCUGGCAUCCGGAAGUCGAAUCGCAACAGCGAAUUGCUCCCGAGGAUGACUGA